CUCGAGCUUAAACAGCUGAUUUCGAAGAAAUAACGUCAGGCCGCAAGCCGUGCGUAUGACAUCAGAGGUAUCCGAGGCCUGACGCUGGGAAGUAACUAACCAUGGAGAAGAAGUCUUCCUAUCUGGACAAUAUGGUUGGGGUGGGUGACAUGGUGCUGUUAGACCCCCUCACUGAUGAAUCUUUACUUUCUAACCUCAAGAAAAGAUACAAUAACAAUGAUAUUUAUACUUACAUUGGGAGUGUGGUUAUUUCAAUCAAUCCCUAUAUGAUGCUACCUAUCUACAGCCUGGAGAAGAUCAAUGAGUACCGCAACUGUAACCUGUACGAGUUGAGUCCUCACAUCUAUGCCAUUGCAGACGAAGCAUACAGAUCACUCCGAGAUAAGGACAAGGACCAAUGUGUUCUCAUCACUGGCGAGAGUGGAUCGGGAAAGACAGAGGCCAGUAAACUUGUGAUGUCCUAUAUUGCCGCAGUAUGUGGCAAAGGAGAAGAGGUUAAUCAAGUCAAGGAGCAGCUUUUGCAGUCAAAUCCUGUCCUGGAAGCAUUCGGCAAUGCCAAGACUCUGCGGAAUGACAACUCUUCUAGAUUUGGAAAAUACAUGGAUAUUGAGUUUGAUUUCAAGGGCGAUCCAUUGGGUGGUGUCAUCAGUAACUAUCUUCUAGAGAAAUCUCGUGUUGUCAAACGUCUGAAAGGAGAAAGGAAUUUUCAUAUCUUCUACCAGUUGUUGGCUGGAGGAUCCCCUGAUCUUCUCAAGCAUCUGAAGGUGCUAUCAGAUUGCAACCUUUACACCUACCUGAAUACGGACACAGCAACAUUGAAUGGAGUCAAUGAUGCUACCAAUUUCACUGCAGUUAAAACUGCCAUGGAGGUCAUCGGAUUCAGUAAUACUGAAGUGGACUCCAUUAUGGAGACUGUUGCAGUCGUACUUAAACUUGGCAACAUCACGCUGAAGUCAGAACAUCAGACAACUGGCAUGGAACGUUGCUACAUUGACGAUACUAAAGUACUGGAUGAAAUCUGCAGUUUGAUUGGUCUCAAUGAAUCCAUUUUCAAUCAAGCGCUGUGCUCACGCACUGUGGAAGCCAAAGGCGAUAAAGUGAUGACAACAUUAUCUAUUGCUCAGGGUUACUACGCACGUGAUGCUUUGGCUAAAAACCUUUAUGACCGCUUGUUUAACUGGCUGGUGAACCGAAUUAAUGAAAGUAUCCAGGUGAAAGGCAAGGUCCAGAAGAAAGUGAUGGGAGUGCUGGAUAUAUAUGGAUUUGAGAUUUUGGAGGACAAUAGUUUUGAGCAGUUUGUGAUAAACUACUGUAAUGAGAAGCUGCAGCAGAUCUUUAUUGAAUUGACAUUAAAAGAGGAGCAGGAAGAGUACAUACGAGAGGGGAUCGAAUGGACGCAGAUUGAAUACUUUGACAAUGCCAUCAUCUGUGACCUGAUCGAAAAUGGUAAGAAAGGCAUUCUGGCAAUGUUGGAUGAAGAAUGUCUCCGGCCAGGUCUCAUCACUGAAUUUACUUUCCUCAAGAAAUUAAACCAGGUCUUUUCUGGCCAUCAGCAUUUCGAGAGCAAGGAGACGAUGAAUUCCAAGUUCAUCACUGACACAACACUGACUGACAGCUGCUUCCGUGUGCAACACUACGCAGGAAAGGUGACAUACAAUGUUACGGAGUUCAUAGACAAGAACAAUGACCUCUUGUACCGUGACCUGUCCAAGGCUAUGUGGCAGGCCAAACACAAGCUCAUCAAGUCCCUUUUCUCUGAAGGGAACACAAGUAAGACAUUGCUGAAGAGGCCACCCACUGCUGGCUUCCAGUUCAAGGCCUCUGUAAGGGUCCUCAUGAAGAAUCUUCUGGCUAAGAACCCAAACUACAUCAGAUGCAUCAAACCCAACGACACCAAGUCCCCAAACAAGUUUGUGGAUCAGCUGGUGCAGUCACAGGUCCGGUACCUGGGCCUGAUGGAGAAUGUGCGGGUGCGAAGGGCAGGCUAUGCGUAUCGACACCCCUACAAGCCCUGCCUACAGCGGUACAAGAUGCUUUGCAAACAGACAUGGCCAAAUUGGAAGGGAAAUGACUGUGAUGGUGUGAGAGCCCUUUUGACAGAGUUAAAUAUACCCCCAGAGGAAUACGCAUUUGGACGGACAAAGAUCUUUAUCAAAAAUCCACGAACACUCUUUGACCUGGAAGAUCAACGACGCAUUCAGAUGGAAUUCCUGGCUACCUUGAUUCAGAAGACAUACCGUGGCUGGAAAUGCCGGACCCACUUCCUCUUGAUGAAGAAAAGUCAGACUGUGAUCUCAGCCUGGUUCAGGGGACAGAAUCAACAAAAGAAAUACAAAAGAUUGAAGCAAGCCAUCAUCGUCCUUCAGGCCUGCACCAGAGGCUGGAAGGUGAGUACUGUUUGA